UGUUGCCUUCCGAUCAGAUCUUUCGUUUCUGUUAACGCGCAGAAGUUUCCCAUAUCCAAUCUGAUUUCUGCGCUCACUGUACCCGCAGAUGAGAUUGUUUAUAUAUACCCCAUUUUGAAUCUUCAUUCAUUAGUACAAAUCUCACCUCAGCUCAUCACAAGUUCGAAUCUUACCAGCUAGUGAAUGCCCCUGUAACCACACUGCUUCAGAAUUGCAAGGCUUUCCUUUACAAGCUUCCUCCAGAGUUCGAUUCCCUGCUUUUCCUGCAAUAGAACAUGGUCAAAUCCUUAGCAAAGCAGAAACCCCAAAAUAGCAUAGAGAAGACGCAACCACAUUUCAAGGGAGCGCGAAUGAGAAAAUGGGGGAAAUGGGUUUCCGAAAUCAGAAUGCCCAAUUCCCGAGCUAGAAUCUGGCUGGGCUCUUACGAUUCCCCUCAGCAGGCCGCUCGCGCUUACGAUUGUGCAGUUUAUUGUCUGCGAGGAUCGACUUCCGAGUUCAAUUUUCCCGAUUCUCUGCCGGAAAUUCCGUCGGCCUCCUCGCUGUCUCCCGCUCAGAUUCAAGCUGUUGCAGCCAAGUUUGCCGUAGAAGAAUUUCGGCAGCCCCUGAAGUAUAACACCACAUUUUUCGGUUCUGAAUCGCUGUCUUGUGUAGAGAGCGAAGAAAGUAUAGAGGAGCAGAAUUGGAUAGUGUUGGAUUCACUUCUUGAAGAUGUUGAGACCGGACAGUCCUCAAAUUUAGAGAUUCUUUCAUUAGGGGAUAUUGAUUUUCUUUUGUUUUGAGUAAAAACAGGGGAAGACUGGUGCGUCCAGCUUGUCUUCCUUGAGGUUGCCUAAGAUUAGCUAUAAUGGCAGCCUCUGUCAAAAGUUUAGUGGGAGGGCAAUCAAACCCUUGAACUCCCUGACUGAUUAACUCUUUAGAUUCUCUGUUAAAAAACACACUUUCGAUUCUCUGUAAAAAAACACUGUUGGGUUUCCCUAAACAGGUAGCACUGGCGGGAUUACAUCAGUCAAAUCGUGUUAAAGAGCAGGGGUUUUUAUGCUGCUCUUUUAACAUUGCAGUUCCUAUAAAUUGAAAUUGAUAUUUUUCAUUUCAAAA